AACUAAACAAAUUGAAAAGGAAAUACCAUGUAUUUAAGGAAUUUAAUGCGUUAAACCAAAUACAUGAAACUCUUAAACGGCUUGAAGAUAAACACAAAAUGAGGUCACAACUUGAAGAAAAUAAAGCGCUUGUGGGUAACUCCAAAACUCAGGAACUUUGUGGGAUAUUGCAGAGACGUCUAAAAAGCAGUAAAGACAAUACUGUAAGCAGCUUGGAACAUAAGGGCAUAAUAUACAAUGAUCCCCAGGUUAUAAGUGAACUCCUCAAUGAGUGGUUUUGCAAUGACGCCAGAGUGCACCCGACCCAAAAUUUCCAAAUGACCUGUAAAAGUAACCAAAAAUUAGGCGAAAUAGAUUUUAAUAUACAAAAUAUAGACUCAGCGAUUAAGACAUUGAAGUCUAAUGGUAGUACUGGAACAGACGACAUACCAUCUAUCUUAUACAAAAAUGGUAGCACGGAAAUGGUAGUCUUGUUACUUAGAAUAUUUACUCUCUCUCUCUCGUUGGAAACUGGAACUUAUCCUGAAGAGUGGAAAACCACAUACAUAUUACCUAAGCACAAAGCAGGGGCCAAAAACAGUGUAUGCAACUAUAGACCUAUCAAUAUAACACCGGUAAUAUCUCGAAUAAUGGAGAAAGUGGUUAAAGACCAAGUGUCAGACAACUUACUAGAAUAUGAACUUAUCAAUCCAUCACAACACGGAUUUCUCAAAAGGAGAUCAUGUGUGACCUGUCACAUAGACUUUUUCAACGAAGUUACACAAAGUAGGGACAACAGAGAACUAGUAAUUGUACUAUAUUUCGAUAUAACAAAAGCCUUCGACAGAGUUCCCCAUAAUCUGCUAGUCAGCAGGUUAUGCUCACUAGGGAUAUGUGACCCUCUCCUGAGCUGGAUAAAAUCAUUUCUCUGUGGCCGAAGUCAGACAACGAAAGUUGGCUCGAUAAUCUCAAGGCCUAAACCAGUAAGUAGUGGUGUGAUCCAGGGAAGUGUAUUAGGCCCACUCUUAUUCAUAAUAUACAUAAACAGUAUCUGUGAAUGCUUUAGUGUAGGUAAACCAAUACUAUAUGCAGAUGACUUAAAAGUGACGUACACAUGCAAGAACACAGAUCUUGGAAUAACUGUAAACGCCAUACAGCAAGAAUUAGAAAAAAUGGAUAGAUGGUGUGACACCUGGCAACUCCAACUUAAUGUCGAAAAAUGUGGCUGGCUCUGCAUAGGUUGCAGCAAUUUAGAACUUGACCUGACAAUUCAAGGCCAUGCACUUCAACGACUGGAAUAUGUACUGGACCUAGGGCUGAAAUAUUCACAUCACUUAUCAUUUUCUGAACAUAUCUCCAAACAAGUGUCAAAGUCACGCUGACUUAUCGGCUUUCUAAUCAGGAACUUCUACAGAAAUGAGUCUAGAAUUCUGCUGUACAAGGUUUGUGUGCGUCCUUUAUUUGAUUACUGUUCAUUCAUGUAUAGUAGUAUACGCAUAGAGGACAAAUUGAAAGUCGAGGGAGUGCAGAGGUACUUCACGUCAAAAUUACUCGGAACCGAAAAUGGUGCGAACUACUCCACUAGAUGUAAUACCCUAGGACUAGAAACACUAUGGCUAAGACGCCUGAGACUAAACUUAACACUUUACUAUAAGCUUCUAAACCACUUAGUUUUUACCUCUACUAAUGGCACUCGACUUUCAGAUGACAAUGGCUACAACUUAAGACACACUAAGGGUACAGUAGCUAUCGAACAAUGUAAAACAGCCACCAGGCAAAAGUUUUACUUGAUUAGGUAUGCACAGAUAUGGAAUAAACUACCAAUGGAAAUUCGUCGAGCAAGUACAUUGGCCUCCUUCAAAAAGGUGCUUAAUGACAAACUACAAGAGUUUGCAAACGAUAGUAGUUCU